AUGGACGAGAAAAAGGACUCGUUGAGGGGCGUAGCCUUUGCCGCAGUCGUCUUUUCCACCGUAGCCGUCUCGGCAUGUUUGGUCACCUUCCCUCUGGUGUUCCAUUAUGUACAAACACUACAGGCUACAGUACAGGGUGAGGUCGAAUAUUGUAAGUCGCGAUCACGAGACAUGUGGCGCGAAAUGGUCGAAGUAACGCCGGAAGGUGGUGAAGACUCAUUAGAUGUCCUUCUCCGUGCAACUCGUCAGGCAGAAGCGCAGUGUUGUACAUGUCAACAAGGUCCACCUGGUCCUGACGGUCUUCCCGGACCUGAUGGCAAAGAUGGUGCCCCGGGCGCCGGCCCCGGCGAACCCGGACCUCCUGGACCGGAUGCGGAACUCCACGACCGUCUCCUACCUGUACCACCUCAAUGUCCGUGCAUGGCUGCUCCUGGAAUGCCAGGACCACCUGGACCUCCCGGACAGGACGGCGCUCCAGGACAGCCAGGCGGCAACGGAAACGACGGAGGCCCAGGACAGCAAGGACCCGCUGGACCACCAGGACCACCUGGACCUCCAGGACAGCCUGGACAACGUGGACCACCCGGCGAGCCCGGACAAUUGGUACCUGGUGGACCUGCACCCGCUGGUCCACCUGGGCCUACUGGACGACCAGGAGCGCCUGGACAACCAGGAAAAGCAGGAGUACCUGGAAGGGAUGGAGAGAAUGGAAGUCCUGGACCUACUGGAGAACCUGGACAACGUGGACCACCGGGACCACCUGGACCCGCUGGUGGCCCUGGAAACCCAGGAGAGAACGGAUCUCCUGGAAGUUGCGACCAUUGUCCUCCAGCUCGUCUUGCUCCAGGAUAUUAA